CAUUAUAUUUUUCUGUCACCGACCGUUACGUUAGCAGUAGUGAUAUAGAAGUUGGCAUCUUGCAGAAUAGUAAUAGAACAAAGAAGACGCAGUUGAUUUUAUGAACGGCGGCUAAUGAAGACGAUGAUGAUGACCUGCUGAUAAAUACACAAAAGCCCGAUCGUGUUCACAUACCAAGUUUAGAUUUUUUUUCUUCUUCAUAAACUUUGUCUUCGUUAUCUCGAUCGUGAGACGCACAAAUCUUCGCUCGGUCUAUCAUCCCCUUCUCAAUUAAAUUGAGUCCACUGACAGGUGAAAUAAGCUUGAAACUUUUAGGAUUUGACUGAAAGAGCGAUCUUGCUAUAUGGCGAAUAACGCGGCUGCUUGUGCUGAGAGGGCUACGAAUGAUAUGCUGAUUGGUCCUGAUUGGGCUAUCAACAUUGAGCUCUGUGACAUUAUCAACAUGGAUCCUAGUCAAGCAAAAGAAGCAGUGAAAGUGCUCAAGAAACGGUUAGCAAGUAAAAAUUCUAAAGUUCAGAUUCUCGCUCUUUAUGCUUUGGAAACUCUGAGUAAGAAUUGUGGAGAGAGCGUGUACCAGCUUAUCGUGGAACGUGAGAUUUUGCCUGAUAUGGUCAAGAUAGUGAAGAAAAAGCCGGACCUGAGUGUUAGGGAGAAGAUACUUAGUUUAUUAGAUACAUGGCAAGAAGCUUUCGGUGGGAGCGGUGGAAGAUUCCCUCAGUAUUACAAUGCUUAUAAUGAACUCAGGUCUGCUGGAAUUGAGUUCCCACCUCGAACCGAGAGCAGUGUACCAUUCUUUACUCCACCUCAGACUCAGCCUAUUAUUGCUCACGCUGCUGCGUCUGAUGAAGAUGCUGCUAUUCAGGCCUCUUUGCAAAGUGAUGAUGCUUCUGCACUCAGUUUGGAAGAGAUUCAAAGCGCUCAGGGAUCAGUUGAUAUUUUGACGGACAUGCUUGGGGCUCUUGAUCCAAGCCAUCCUGAGGGUUUAAAGGAAGAGCUUAUAGUUGAUUUGGUAGAGCAAUGCCGUACUUAUCAGAGACGUGUAAUGACUCUGGUCAACACUACAUCAGAUGAGGAACUUCUGUGUCAAGGAUUGGCAUUGAACGACAAUCUGCAGCGUGUUCUUCAGCAACAUGAUGAUAAGGCAAAGGGAAAAUCUGUUCCUGCAACAGCUCCUACUAUACCGCUUGUUAGCAUCAACCAUGACGAAGAUGAUGAGUCAGAUGAUGAUUUUUCUCAGCUAUCUCACAGGUCAAAAAGAGAGAGUGCACGAGUGAGUUUCAACCCUGUUCUUCCUCCACCACCACCUACAAUGAGGCCAGUACAUGUUGAAUCUGGUGCUAUGGACUUCCUCAGUGGUGAUGUCUACACACCUCAAGGAGCCUCAGAGACUUCAAAGCCUCCGAGUAGUACCCAUUCAUCAGACCGAGACGCUUCUGCUCCUGUUUUCGACGAUCCAGCUCCCCGGAGCAAAUCUCCUGAGCAAGCUUUGUUCACCAAACCAGUUUAUGACCAAACUGAGCAGUUGCCUCGUGCUCCAUGGGAUCCUGAAGGAACCAGGGCUUUUCCACCACCAAUGUCCGUUAGAACCAGCCAGAGGCAACAAUACUCCCAGCAUAAUAAUGUUCCUCAACGCACAAGCAGUGGCUCUGAUUCCUCUUAUGAGGAUCUCGUGGGACAAUCCCGGAAUCUUUCUCUGAAUCCAACCGGCUCUGCUACUGCUGCUGCUACACCGCCAAAGAAAGAUGACAAACCAGAGGAUAUCCUUUUCAAAGACUUGGUUGACUUUGCGAAAAACAGGAAGUCAUCGUCUUCUUCCUCCAAACCAAACAAUUAGAACAACAAAACCGUUUUGAGACAGAACCUCCAGUUGUUGCAUUAGUAAUAAUUACUCUCUUACCAUUCUUUUUACUUCUUCUUCAUUUGUGUUCUUGUUUCCUUUGAUUGAUGAACAUGGAGGAUGAAAAGCUUGUUUUUAUAUAAAUAUAGAGAUCUUGUAAUAUAUUCCAGGUAAAUAGCAUUUUAAUACAGUUUAAAGUUCUCUCUCAAUACAA